AUGUCGUGUAGCACUUCUCCUAAGCCUCUCUCAGGCACGCGCCAAGACGAACAAGUCAACCUCUCCGCCCUGCUCAAGGCCAAGCUACAAGGCAUACCAUCCUUCCAUAUCCCCUCUCUCACACUGUCCGAUGUCCUUUGUCCAACAGUCCGAGCUUUGCACAUCCCUAACAUACCGCCUGGCAUUCAACUUCCCUUCUUCCUCCGCAACCGACAUGUCAUCGAUCAAUAUGGCGGAAAGCCGUUUCAGCGCUUCCAUGACACCAUGAGGUGGAAUACUGCCAUGUUCAUUGCACUACUCACCCUUGACGAUUUGCAGACCCACUCCGGUCAUUCCAAGAGCAUGGAUAUGAGUAAGGAUAUGACCAAGAAAGGUCAUCACGAUACAACUGCCCCUCAGUCUAAAAACAUCCGCAUCAACAAUGCAGCUCACCGCUUCAUGAAACAGUAUCUUGCUGCUGUCCUAGAGCAUCACAACACGCCCACGCUCUUCGAUGCCCGUGAAAUCUUCAUCGUAACCUGGAAGAAUAGCGCCUUGGGCCUGUACACUGGCUUCUGUGGCGCACAGAAGAAGUUAUUGAAGAACCUUAUGAAGAAGCUGACCAAGGAUUGGGGAAAGGAACUCGAUAUUGCAGAGAGUAAUAUGGAAAAGGAAGAAUAUCGCAUCAGGGUGGCCAAGUUCGCGGGGAGCCUGGUUCCGAGGAGAAGGGAAUAUGAUAUCCCUACUGGCACAAUACCAAAGCAAGAAGAGAGUGGGUAUAUCUACGGGACUGAUAGUCCACCUUGCAUACCCCGCAAGAGCCGAGAGGUUGAGAGGAAUGAACUGCUUGACGCUCUUCGUGUCCCGAUUACACCACAAACCAAGGAGAAGACAAGGGAUCAGAGGAGUGAGAACGACGGGCUCGAGGAGGAUGUGAACAUGGCCACAGAAUUGAGGAAUGCGAUUGAUGCUUUACAGAUGAUGAGACCGCAGGAUAUGCUUCCGGUACUGAUGCAUUUGUUUCCUGCCCCGGGGGUGGGACAAGCGGAUACUUAG